GCGCCAAGUCUAGACCACUUUAGCAAGCUCUCAUACUGACGGGAGAGCUAAGAUGGCCUGAGUAGUUCAGUCGAUGAUGUGUGCUUGUGUCCACUCUGGGUGCCUUCUUGAUGCAAGUAUCGACCAUAACAGCAUUCUUGCGCUUUAUCUCUAUCUCUGUCAUGCUGACGACUAGUCACUUUGCGAGACCCUUCUCUGCCCUCACUAUCACGUGUUCAAAUCGACACGAAAUCUCAGUUCAAAGUGUCUUUGGGUCUCAAAUUGUGCACCUCCGUUUGAGGUCUCUUGGGUUUGGUGAUAUAACAACAUCUAGGCUGCCGAUUUAUGGUUCCGUGUUAGAUGCAUUGAGUGGAACAUAGCAGCCAACAGCAUAUCGUAGAAUGUGGUGUGAUAUCGAUCAACACAGUAUUUAAUAGAAGAUCGAUGAAGUGACAAACAAACUGGUCUCAAUCCAGCAACCACAAGCAACACAUCGCACCCAGCAGUCA